AUGCACAAAGCCAAAUGCCUCCUGAUUUUGGAACAGGGUGAAGUGGACCCACAGAAUUAUUACAAGCCAGGAGAUUAUUUGAUUAGCGUCAUAGUCUCUGCAAUGAAGGUUGCACUUCAAUCCUUAAGCUUCAAUAAAAGUCCUUCAACAACUUUAUCCAAAAAAACAACCAAAUUUUAUUGGAAAUUUGUGCCCUUCCUAUUUGCCAUCGAGGACGUCAAUCAGAAUAGUCAGAUCUUUCCUAACAUCACCCUGGGUUAUAAUAUCUAUGAAAAUUUCUUCAAGGAAGAAAUGACUUCAGAGGCUUUGCUGGACCUGCUUUCAGAUGGGGAGGCCAAUGUCCCCAAUUACAGGUGUGGAAGGCAGAGACACACAGUGGCUCUUCUGGAAGAAGCUGAGACUGGCAUCUCCAUCCAGAUUUCAACCAUGUUGGGUACCUACAAAAUCCCUCAGAUCAGUUACAAUUUUGCUUCCCAAAUUCUGUGGGAUAAAACUCAGUUUCCUUUCUUCUACCCAAUGCUCCCUGCUGAAGGAGUCCAGUACCCAGGGAUUGUCCAACUGCUACUUCAUUUCAGAUGGACCUUGGUUGGUCUCGUUGCUCCAAAAACUGACCAGGGGGAGAGGUUCAUGAGGACGAUGACUUCUUUGAUGUUAAGGAAUGGCAUUUGUGCAGUUAUACGUCAAAGCUUUACACUAAAUGUUGCUGAAAUGAAUAUAAAAUUACAAGAAUAUUAUAAGUGGAGAAAAGUCAAUGUCUUUGUUUACGGUUCAGAGGCUAAUUCAUUCACAAUAGGAAUGAUAAUUAUACAAGGAGGACUUCAACACAUUCAGAAACAUGUUGUGGAUAAAGUCUGGAUCACAACAGCUCAGUGGGAUCUCAGUCUUGAUUUUAUGUUUAGUAUUCAUUCCUUGAAACACGUUGGUGGGAUUUUUUCCUUUCUGAUACAGAAAGGGAAAUGGGCAAACUAUGAUGCUUUUACAAUCAUUGUCACAUCCAUAUUUAACUUUUUGGAGAAAAGGUUUACAUGUUCAUCCACUAAGGAUGCCUUUUCGGUGAAAAUCUGGAGACGGUGCAAAGAGAGAGAAGAACUGGAGACUCUCAAGAAGGAGGAGAUUGAUCAGAUCCUGGCUCUAGACAGCUACCUCAUUUCCAACAUCAUUUGGGCUUUGGGAAGGUCCUUAAAUUCAGCUCAUAUGUCCACAUUCAAGAGAUCAGUGAGGAACAGGGGGGUGAAGGUGGAAGCUCCAAGACUGAAGCCAUGGCAGCUUAAUUCCUUCCUUCAAGGCUCUCAGUUUCACAAUCAUUCCAUAGAAGGAGUAUAUCUGGAUAAAAAGGGAGAUCUGACAGCUGACCUGGACAUUGUGAGCUGGGUUGUUUUCUCAAACAAAUCUGUCAAGAGAGUUAAAUCUGGGAGUCUAGAAAAACUGACAUCCCAGGAUUUCAAAUUUUCUGUUGACCAGAAGAGUAUCAUACAGUUGGAAAUGCUGAAUAAGACCCUGCCUCCUUCCAGAUGUGUGGAAAGCUGCCAUCCUGGAUUCAUGAAGGUGGCUCAGGAAGGGAAGCCCAUUUGCUGCUAUGACUGUCAUCCUUGUGCAGAGGGAACAAUCUCCAUUAUGGAAGAUGCUGAAAAAUGUACCAAAUGUCCAACAAAUCAGUAUCCAAACAUCAGGAGAGAUGAAUGUAUACCUAAAAUUGAAACAUUCCUAUCCUAUCAAGAAAAUUGGGGGAUCAUCCUAGCUUUCCUUGCCUUAUUUCUGUCUUUGGUAACAGGAUCAAUCUUGGGAAUCUUCAUUAAAUUCCAAGAAACUCCCGUAGUCAAAGCCAACAAUCAAGAUCUAUCCUACAUUCUCCUCAUCGCCCUCUUGCUUUGCUUCUUGAGUUCCUUUCUAUUUAUUGGUCAGCCAAUGAAAGCCACCUGCCUUCUCCGACAAACAGCCUUUAGCAGUAUUUUCUCAGUUGCCAUUUCUACCAUCCUGGCCAAAACAGUCACUGUGGUGUUAGCAUUCUUGGCCACAAAACCAGGGAAUAAAAUGCAGAGAUGGCUGGGGAAGAGCCUGGCCAACUCCAUCAUCCUUUCUUGUUCAGGUGUCCAAGUUGUUGUGUGCAGCAUCUGGCUGGGCAUUUCUCCCCCAUUUCCUGAUUUGGACUCAUACUCGCAGUCUGAGAAGAUCAUUCUUCAAUGUAAUGAAGGUUCUGUAGCCAUGUUCUACCUUGCCCUAGGCUACAUGGGCUUCCUGGCUGUCAUCUGCUUCCUGGUGGCUUUCUUUGCCAGGAAUCUACCUGGGGCCUUCAAUGAAGCCAAGCUCAUCACCUUCAGCAUGCUGAUUUUCUGUAGUGUCUGGGUAUCCUUUGUACCCACUUAUCUUAGUACCAAAGGGAAGUACAUGGUGGCUGUGCAAAUUUUCUCCAUCCUGGCUUCAAGUGCCAGCCUGUUAGGCUUCAUUUUUAUCCCCAAAUGUUACAUUAUUUUCCUAAAACCUGAUCUGAAUACAAAGGAAUAUUUGAUUUCAAAAUAA